AUGCCUGCGGUGUGCGAGGGCCUCGUGGCCAAACUGGACGAGCUCAUGGACUUUCUACGCUUUGCUAAGCUACCGAGUGGCCACUUCCGCGGCGUCGUGACGUUCCAGUUCCGAAGCUCUGCUGAAGCGACCAGUGCGUUUGCCUGUGUGCGGACCAUUGAUAUGCGUCGAGGCUUAGAGGUGGACAACACGACGUUGCACCCUCAAGAUCCUUUCGUGCCAGAAGUGGCGGUCGUUCACGUGAGUCUCGCCGAUUUCUUGUUCAUGUACUCGGGCGACGCAACAGCGACGGAGAUUGCUGGGAUGGUCAUGUCGGGCCGCGUGUCGGUGCCUUGGAGCUCGUACGGCAAGUUGAGAGCGUUUGCCGAGUGUUUUGACUUUUCCUCGGAGAAGUGGGACGCCUAUUACGCAGACUUGAAGACGCGUGGGCUGGAGGUCGAGACGCGGCAGUGCUCGCAGUCGUGCUGCAAGCAGAGCACGAAGGAAGACAUUGAGGCCGAUUGGCUGCUGGUGUCCGACGCGACGACGACGAGCGGAGGCGGGGACUGGGAGCUGGUGUCUGGUCUGCAGUGCCUGAAUAUGCCCCCGAAGCGAAAGCUUGAGGCGAUGGACAAGGCGUACGCGUUUACGUCGUUGGAGGAAUGGUUGGCCAAGUUGUGGAGCGGCUGCGGUGCUGGGUUGGGCGCCUCGCGUCCGGCUCAGUCACUCGCUUCGAAUGUCCGGGGUGCUGGGUUGGGCGCCUCGCGUCCGGCUCAGUCACUCGCUUCGAAUGUCCGGCAUUCGAUGAGCGAUUUCAAAUCGAUGGCUGGGAAGCUCUUUGUGUCGCUAGAAGCGUAG